UCUCCGGAGCAUGCGCAGUCUCUCCCGCUUGACGGCGGGAGAGCCCCUCCCUUGCGGGACACUGCGCGCAUGCGCCGCCGCGCUGUGUCUGUUGUAAAUCGGAGGCCGGCCGGCCGCGCGAUGCACUGUGGGAGUGAUUGAGGAAGUAAAAUGGCGGAUUUAGCGAACGAAGAAAAGCCUGCCAUUGCUCCACCUGUCUUUGUGUUUCAGAAGGAUAAAGCACAGAAGUCCCCUGCAGAGCAAAAAGGUUUGUCGGAUUCAGGCGAGGACUCACAGGGAGAGGCUGAGUCCCCCCACGGUGGUAUGGGUCACACAGAAUCAGCUGGUGAGCGCGACUUUGAGCUUCCUGCUCCCGCUGUUGCCUCAGUCAGUACUACUCUGAUUCCUGCUUCUGAAGUCCAGCUUGCUCCUAUUCAACAAGAACUGGCAGGGAGGUCAGCAGAUGGAUCAAGUCCAGAAGAUGGAGAAGAAUCUGACGACCGAGAGGAUGGGAAUUACUGUCCUCCUGUAAAACGUGAAAGAACUUCAUCUUUAACACAGUUCCCUCCUUCGCAGACAGAGGAAAAGAGCAGUGGAUUCCGUCUGAAACCACCAACACUUAUCCAUGGCCAGGCACCCAGUGCAGGUCUCCCAAGCCAGAAACCUAAGGAACAGCAACGAAGUGUGCUUCGACCUGCAGUUUUGCAAGCACCACAGCCCAAGGCUUUUUCACAAAUGGUUCCGAACAGUGGGACCAAUGGUGUAAACAUCCCACCAGACUCUAUGGUGGAAGUCACAUCAGAAUCAGUAAAUAACACAACACUGAAAAAUUCUGACGCUCAAGACCAGGUAAUAGAAUGCCAGAAAAAUGAGUCUAAUACUUCAGAGGAUGAAAAUGGAGAGAAAUCAGAGCACAAUGCACAGCAAGCAUUUGUAUUUGGUCAAAACUUAAGAGACAGAGUUAAGUUGGGAGAUGAAAGUGAUGAAUCCGCUGAUGUACAGAAUGCUGGGCUUCCCAGCUCUGAAGCACCAUCAGCAACAAACUACUUUUUGCAGUACAUCAGUUCCAAUUUAGAGAACUCAACAAACAAUGCAGAUGCUUCCAGCAACAAAUUUGUAUUUGGACAGAACAUGAGUGAAAGAUUGUUGUUUUAUUACCAUAUAAAUGAAGCAGGAACAGAAAGUAGCAAGGAAAAUGCUGCUACGGAAUCUGGCUCUGAAUCUUCUUCACAGGAAGCCACUCCAGAGAAAGAAUCACUGGCAGAGUCUGCAGCAGCUUAUACUAAAGCAACAGCAAAGAAGUGUUUACUGGAGAAGGUAGAGGUGAUCACUGGGGAAGAAGCAGAAAGCAAUGUGCUACAGAUACAAUGCAAGUUAUUUGUGUUUGAUAAGAACUCUCAGUCUUGGGUGGAAAGAGGUAGGGGACUUCUGAGACUCAACGAUAUGGCAUCAACAGAUGAUGGAACGUUACAAUCUCGGCUGGUAAUGCGGACUCAGGGGAGUCUCAGGUUAAUCCUGAACACUAAGCUCUGGGCUCAGAUGCAGAUUGACAAAGCCAGUGAAAAAAGUAUCCGUAUCACAGCCAUGGAUACAGAGGACCAGGGAGUCAAAGUUUUUCUGAUAUCGGCAAGUUCUAAAGAUACAGGACAGCUAUAUGCUGCAUUGCACCAUCGGAUCUUGGCUCUACGGUGUAGAGUGGAACAAGAGCAAGAAACAAAGAUCACAGCCCCCGAGCCAGGGGUAACACAAUCAAAUGAAGAAGAUAGUGAUGAUGAUGAUGAUGACGUCAUUGUUCCUACAGGAUCUGCUGGGAGUGCUCCUAAUGAUGAAGGAGAUGGGCAGAAUAUUGGCAGCACAUAGCAACUGUGAGCCCAUCUGCUUGCAAGGCUGCUGCAAACCCCAUCUUGCAGGCACCUCUGUGGAUACCCCAGACCAGCGAUUGUUCCAGACAGUAUGGAAGGCUCCAGGACUUAGGAACUGUGCAUCCCUGUUCUGUUGAUUUGGUUUUUUUGGUCUGGAUCAGUAGAUUCCACAAAAAAAAGCAGACUUGGAAACUGCCUGAAUGUGGUUUGGGACAUGAAAGCUCAUCAUAUUGAUGAGCAGAAAAAUAACAUUUCCCCUUUUUCCUUGUAAUUGGAAUGGCACAUUAUGACUUGUCACAGCUUUUCAUUGGGACCUUUCGACUGUUUUUUCAGUAGCUCAUGUUUUGCAGGCCUCUGAGAUUGAACUUUCCAGCACGGUUCCAACUUGAAUUCUUUCUUAACCCCUGCUUCUCCCUUUUCAGUUCCUGCUGCCCGCAGAGAAGCUGUGCUCUUCUCUGGUCGUGCCCUCGCUGAUUACCCUCUGGCUUUGUUCUCUUUGGAUUGCAGAGAGGGCAGCUUGCCUUUUUUACCUUAAUCCUAGUGUAAUUAGUGGACAUCAUUGUCCUUUGUCUGGUGGGUCUCUACACAGAGGUUAAACACAAAAAAAGUGGCUUGACAGGAAAGCCUUGUACUGAGUUAAUAAGAGACUUUAAAGUUCACUGGACCUUUUGUUAAUCCUUUUCUUCUUCCCUCCCACUUCCAAUAUUAUUAUUUGGGGGUUUCUAUUGUGCUGAUACUUUUUUAUUUUAGUUAUGAAUAAGAUGCUCUCGUGUGUUGAGAAAGUGAAUCUAUUGUUUUGUACUGUUCUUUUCUGUUACUAUUUAAGGGAGAGCUAAGCCACUAUAAAUAAUAGGUGUUACAUACAGUUUUUCUUAGUAAACUUACAUUCUUGUGGCUGUGAUUAAAGCGUAGGGUGGCACACAGGUCACACCCCCCCCCGAGCAGCUGAAACACUGCUGUCUGCAUUUGGAAGAAUAAGAUGGGCUCAUUUGGUGAGUUGAGCAAGCCAUU